AAUUCCCAGCAGGUCCGUUUCCAAACGGAACAGCCGAUCAAAGCUCAACCUCUCUCCGUAAUAAAAGGAUAGUUCCUCGCUCGCUUAGGAAAACGUUUAGUAUUAUGGUGACAAUUACUCGAGCUCCCAUGUUUUUCGUUUCAGCCGUGAAGAUCCGCUGCAGUUUGUAACCGAGGGGCGAUCUUGCUUGGGAACCCAUCGUUUCCCUUCCCCACUAGGGGGCAGACAACUUGACAUCUACUUCAACCAGCCACAACCAGGUGUUCCUCCGCCGCUAGGGCUUCCCGCUGACCGUCUUCCUCGAGCGUGAUGACGGAUGGACGAGGCCGCCUUUCCCUAUCUACAGGAACAGGUCUUCACACAGCUGCAGGAGAUCCACAUGUUGUACGGGGUAGAAGAACCAUUGAAAGAUCAGACAGGUUCGGAUCUCUAUCCUCAUCUGUUGGAUUUUGAUCCCGUACACAGGAGCAGGUUUCACACAGCUACGGCACAUCCACAUGUUGUACGGGGUAGAAGAACCAUUGAAAGAGCAUACAGCCAGCAGCAGUUCAAGUUGGACUUCUUCCAAACUAUUGCCAAAAUUGUCUGUAGUCUGGAUGAUAUGCAGGUUGAACACAUUAUGUACACGAGAAAGAUCAAAGCUGGGUGUUUCUUAUUCAAGUCUGAUGGUGAUAUGGACAAUUUUAUUCUCAAACGGUGCUACUCUACAAUUUAUCACGGCCUCUUACAUUAUCCAGGUGUUCCGUUCAUGCCUGCAAAUCUGAGUAGACCAUUUCAUUACAUCUGUCAUAUAUACGCAGAUACCAACUCACUUUGGUUGCCCUUGGUUGUGUUCAUUUCUUUACUGAUGUGCUCAGUGUGUUUUCUUUUCAGUUGGAAUCAUAUAUUGUACUUCAGUUUUUUCUCAUAGCGGGAUAAGAAAGGGCCAGGAAAAAAAAGACACGGUGCAAUUGUUCUUACCCUCUGGAUAAACUAUCUUCAGUUGUACCCUUUGUAAUGAUCAUUUCUAUAGUGAUGUGCCCGGUGUGUGUUAUUUUUCUUUGGGGUUAUAGACUAUAGUUCGUUUUUUUACACCUAUAUGUUCUUGCAAAGUGAUAUUAUUCUUACAUGUCGAUUAUGUUCAUAAAAACCCUGCAACUAUCUUUCAUUGUACAGGUCAUUUGUUUAGUUUUUUGGUGAUGAAUAAUGCACUGAUACAUGCAUAUAUACAUCUCAAUUUUAUAACACAACACAACCCCUACAUCAUAUCCUAUAGCAAUAAGUUGAUCUGGACUAACUAUAUUUCCUUCCCAUGCGAACUUGCCAUAUCAUGUCAUCACAAUUCAAAAUACAAGGGCCAUCCACACUUCGUCUCCUCGCUUCACCUCCUAUUUAUGAUGUGUUUUAUCUACCCUUUGGCUUAUUUUAUUGAUUUUGUCUGUUCGGUGUAACCAUCGCAAAUAAUAAUACAUUUUCUCAUGAUUAAAAUGUAAUCUAUACAGAUUGGUUCCUCCGUUUGAUUACCCAAUGAUUCCUAGACUUAACAUAAUACAUUGAGAACUAAUAAAA